CAGGAGCUCUUUAAGGGAGCUGCCUGCUUCUCCGCACAGCUGCAAGCCAGGGCUCCUGUGGGCUCAGCCACCCAAGCUUUGGCCUGAACAUGAGUGGGGAGGGGUCUUGAGGAGCCCCCAGGACAGCCCGGAGCGGGGCAGGGAGGAGCAGGCAGUCUGCGCGGAUGGAGACCACCGGUCCCGGGGGAUCGGAUUAGGCUUAGCCGCUGCUCGGGAUGCUCAGCGCGCCGCUUGAGCAUCCUGCCUGUGGUCCAGAGGGUGCGGGCAGCGCGCGCUGCGGAAUGCCUGCGUGGAUUUGACCCAGCGCCCAGAGGCGAGCUCGCAUUCGGACACGGCGGAUGGGCUUCCGGCCGGGCUGCGCGCAGGCAGCACGAACACUCAGCUCCAGGCGGCUGCGAAAGCCCCCCGGCUGCAUGGAUUUGGCUGUUUCGGCAGCGGAGAUUCCUAGCCGGGAGGAUCGGAGAGCUCGAUCCGCGCUCCAGCUGUGACAACUUCGGGGCUGGCUGCCGACUUCUGUGGGGUCCGGGCUCCGUCGUGCCCUGCAGCCUCUCCUGCCGCUCCCCUGAUCGCAUCCCCAGCAAGGGGGCCAAGGAGGGGUUAAAAGAAGAGCAGCAACCCUCCCAACUCCUCAACCUCUCGUGACUGCCUGGGUUCAGGGGUUCUGAGAGGGACCGUGCGCUGCCCGGGGAAGCGAUGCAAGUCUCCAUAGCCUGCACAGAGCACAAUCUGAAGAGCCGGAAUGGUGAGGACCGACUUCUGAGCAAGCAGAGCUCCAACGCCCCCAAUGUGAACGCAGCCCGGGCCAAGUUCCGCACGGUCGCUAUCAUCGCGCGCAGCCUGGGGACCUUCACCCCUCAGCAUCACAUUUCUCUCAAAGAGUCCACCGCCAAGCAGACUGGCAUGAAAUAUAGGAAUCUUGGGAAAUCAGGACUCAGAGUUUCUUGCUUGGGUCUUGGAACAUGGGUGACAUUUGGAGGUCAAAUUUCAGAUGAGGUUGCUGAACGGCUGAUGACGAUCGCCUACGAAAGCGGAGUUAAUCUCUUUGAUACUGCCGAGGUCUACGCUGCUGGAAAGGCUGAAGUGAUUCUGGGGAGCAUCAUCAAGAAGAAAGGCUGGAGGAGGUCCAGCCUGGUCAUAACAACCAAACUCUACUGGGGUGGAAAAGCUGAAACGGAAAGAGGGCUGUCAAGAAAACAUAUAAUUGAAGGAUUGAAGGGCUCCCUCCAGAGGCUGCAGCUGGAGUAUGUGGAUGUCGUCUUCGCAAAUCGACCAGACAGUAACACCCCCAUGGAAGAAAUUGUUCGAGCCAUGACACACGUGAUAAACCAAGGCAUGGCGAUGUACUGGGGAACCUCCAGGUGGAGCGCUAUGGAGAUCAUGACACCCCCACACUUUGGAUCCUGGUUCCCUACAAGCAGCUUUUCAAGUUGUUUUUCUUCUGCAGGAGUUGGAGCAAUGACCUGGUCUCCACUGGCCUGUGGGAUCAUCUCGGGGAAAUACGGGAACGGGGUACCUGAAAGCUCCAGAGCUUCUCUGAAGUGCUACCAGUGGUUGAAGGAAAGAAUUGUGAGUGAAGAAGGGAGAAAACAGCAGAACAAGUUAAAAGACCUCUCUCCGAUUGCUGAGCGGCUGGGCUGCACGCUCCCUCAGCUCGCUGUCGCCUGGUGCCUGAGGAACGAAGGUGUGAGUUCCGUGCUCCUGGGGUCAUCCACUCCCGAACAGCUCAUUGAGAACCUCGGUGCCAUUCAGGUUCUCCCAAAGAUGACAUCACACGUGGUAAAUGAGAUUGAUAACAUAUUACGCAACAAGCCCUACAGCAAAAAGGACUACAGAUCAUAAGGCUAUGAAUGCAUGAGCCACAGGAGCUGCAUGGUUCAAAUAUCGGUCUAUGCCGGUACAGCAGGGUGUUCCUAGCCAGUCUUUUAAAUCACUUAGCAGCCGCUGCAUCAACCUCUAGUGUCCCCGGAUUCUGAGGUGUCUGCUGUCGCUACCACUGUGCACCUGAAUUAUGAGCACAUCUGAAAACUCAAAACUAAGAAAAUCCAUUCUAUUUUCUUAUCUUGGACUGGAGUCACCUAUCCUUGCAUUGCUCUGUACACCUCAUGCUAAUGCAAUGGAAAGCAUAUGGCGGGGAAAGGUGUAUUACCUUCAGGCAUAGAACUUAAAGGCUAUACAGACAGAUCUGUUUUUUUCAAAUGAACAAAAUCCACAGAUGCAAUGUGGAUUGUGUCAGAAAGAAGAGGCUAUGUUAAUUCAGAAGUCCUGCUUUGGAAAACAAGCAAAAACAAUUUUACAUUUGUUUUUCUAUUUUCACAUUCCAAGUGUUAGCAAGCUGUUUCCCUUAUCAUUUCAACAAAAUGUAAUUCCUAGGUAUUUGCUUUCGUUACCUUUUAAAUAUUCAGUGUUGCUUGGCCCCAAAAAUGACCCUGUGUAGCAAUUUAUCCAAAGUGUCUUAUAAUUCUAAUAAUGUUCUAUUCAUUUACACAUAGAGAUAGUAAAAGGAUAAACACCAGUCUCUAAUUAGAGACACUAUGGUAAAUGUAUGCAAGUGAGGAUUACACUACUAUGGAAGCUUAGCUUCGGAUAAAAUGUAAUGCACCUGCAACAAAGCGUUCAUUUUUACUACAUUUUAUGAAAAUCUGCUUUAUAUUUUUGACUGCUUGUAGGCACAACUUCUGCAAGUUUAAAUAUUUGAGCUUUAAAAAUAAAUAUACACAUGCUUGGUUUUUGUAAGUAAACCUGUAAAAUACCCACAAAGCAAAUGUUUGCUGUAUAAUUAGCACUGGGAUUUUACAAUAUAAUGCUUGGUGUUUUUGAGGAGUUAGUAACAUGAAAGUAAGCCAUGGGCUUUGUGAAAAAUGUUGUUACUACUCAGCAUAUGCUGGGUGAAUUAACUUGCCCAAUGAAAAACAAAUGUUAAAGAAUUUCCUGAUUCUGUAAUAACAUAAUGUGCACUCAACUAUAUGCAUGAAAGCUCACUGCAUGAAUUAAAGGGGCCUCGCUUUAAUAUACCUGGAAGCUGAGGCCUAUCUAGCCCUGCCACUAUUGGCUACCUACCCUCAUGAGUACUCCACUUGAGAACAAUUUUGAGAAUAUAUUGUGUGUACCUGUAAGAAAGAAGACAUUUUUUCCCCUCUUUUUUGGGGUAUGUGUUGGGGGCAAGGGUCCUAUAACUCUAUUUGAACACCUGAGCAUGUACAAAAUUCUAAUUUAAUUUUCUGGCCAGCUGGUCCCAAUAUAUAGAAAUCAUUGAGACUUACAGGACAAAUAUACUAUCAGCUUCAAAUGCUAUUUUAUGCCAUCAUUUCCAAGUAAUUUCAUGGUUAAGUUCUAAAUCCCAAAAUGUUAAUGUGAAAUACCAAGAAAUUUCUUUUGAUUAUUACUACCUGUAUUCAAUUAAGGAAAUAGUUUGGGUUUUUGCCCCAGAAUAUCAUAAAUAUGGAAAAGGAUCAUUUUUUAUUGUUCAUUGUACAUUCAAUUAAUCCAGUGAAUACUUACUGUAUGUAUAAAUGAGCUGAAGUUGUCUAAUUCAAACUGCAAUUCAACUUAAUUUGAGUAGAGUAAUAAAAGCAUUUUGUGCAUUUAAUCUCA